CAAGAUCCUAACAAGAAGAUUUUUCCUCAGAAGCCAGAGAGCCUCUGCGUCCAUUAAGCCAGCAGCAUCAUUACCACUGAGGACUCCAAUCUUCUCUCCUCUACCUCCAGAAGACUUCAGCAGCUUGUCCACCAGAAUGACUCCUCGGUCUCUCCUCCUGUCCGUCCUGGUUCUGCUGUCUUUCUUCAGCACUGCCUGGUGCAGUCCCAUGUGCAACAACCAGUGCUGCCGUUUCGUGGAGGGCUUCCCCGUCAGGCUGAAGAAGCUCAGAGAGGACUAUUCACAGAUCAGAGACUUCUAUGAAGCAAACAAUGACUUAGACACAGCGCUGCUAGACCAGAGCGUCGAGGAUUCUUUCAAAAGCCCGUUUGCCUGCCACGCCAUGAACAGCUUACUGGAGUUUUAUCUUGGCACGAUUCUGCCGACAGCCUUGGCUGGAGUGACCGAGGACAUCAAGGACUUAAAGCCCCACAUGGAGUCCAUACAGCAGAUCUUCGACGAGCUCAAGAGUGAUGUCACCAGAUGUAGACAUUACUUUGCUUGCAAGAAGCAGUUUGACAUAAAAACCCUAAACUCUACUUACACUCAGAUGGAGAGUAAAGGUCUAUAUAAGGCCAUGGGUGAGCUGGACCUGCUGUUUAACUACAUUGAGACAUAUCUGGCUUCAAACCGGCACAGAAAACCCAGAGCGGCCUAUGUUUGAAGACCUGCUGACCCUAACCUAAAUGUUCUUCUCAGGAAAAAGAAUUGCAUUGUUUUGCAUUCAGUCUAUUAUUUUCAGUGUUAUGAAAAGUGUUGCUAGAUGUUUAUUUUAUGAGCCUGCUGAAGUGAUGUCUUAGUUGUUCUGAGACUUCUGUUUACUUUUUUGUCCUGAGGACAAGUUUCCGUUUUAAGACCAUAUUGAGUC